AUGUCGUCAGAUACAGAGAUGUCCUCGGCGGAAGAGAUUGCUAUUGUCUCCAAGAAGGAGCGUCGCGACAAGAAGGAGAAAAAGGACAAAAAGGAAAAGAAAGAAAAGAAGCGCGCGAGGGCCGAGUCGAAGGCUGAAGCUGCAGAGUCCGACAGCGAGGACGCAGCAGAGACACCCGCAAAGAAGCGCAAGCGCGAAGCAUUGCCCGAAGAACUCGAGAUCGAUGUCAACCUCCCCGAACCCGCCUCCAAGAAAGCCGCUCGUAAAGCGAAGAAAGCCAAGCUGAACCCUACACCCGCCGCCGACACAGACGGAGAAGCAUCGGUCGCGAAGACGGAUGCGAAGACGGACGCAAAGUCAGCUGAAGACAGGGAGAAUGCUGCGAAGCGCUCGGAAUACGGUGUAUGGAUCGGCAACUUGCCAUGGUCUGCCACGAAGGAGUCGCUACGAAAGUUCUUGACCGACAAUACCGAAAUCCCCGAUGACCAAAUCACACGCAUUCACAUGCCCCCUCCCACGAGGCCGCCGCCCCCGAGUUGGACUACAAAGCCAAUGAACAAGGGUUUCGCAUACGUCGACUUCUCUACUGAGCUGUCAAUGUACUCGGCGAUUGCCUUGACGGAGAUGAAGAUGGAUAACCGCGCGCUGCUGAUCAAGAAUGCAAAGAGCUUCGAUGGGCGGCCAGACAAGCCCAAAACUGAAGAAACUCAGGAUAAUGGACGUGGCGCCAAGGAUGCGAAACCGAAGAACCCUCCCAAUAAGCGCGUGUUCGUCGGCAACCUCUCCUUCGACGUUACCCAGGAGGAUCUCAAGAACCACUACGCACCAUGCGGAAGAAUCGACAACAUACACAUGGCAACGUUUGAAGAUUCUGGCAAAUGCAAGGGAUUCGCUUGGGUCACCUUCAGGGACGUGGAAGCUGCGACAGCAGCGGUCAAGGGCUUUGUCUUCAAAGACCCGUCUGCGUUCAAGAACAAGAAGGAUAGGGACGAGAGCGAUUCCGAAGUCGACACCAGCAAACCCGUAAAGCAAAGGAAAUGGCUAGUCAACAAGCUUAUGGGCAGAGAAUUGCGUCGUGAGUUCGCCGAAGACAACCAUACGAGAUACCACAAGCGAUUUGGCCAUGAGAAGGAGGGUGCGGAUGGAGAGAAUGCAGGUCGCGAGAGGGGCUUUGGCAGGGGAGGAGGAGGCGAAAGAGGAGGCAGGCAAGACUUUGGAGACAGCAAUGGCGGACGGGGUGGCAAGCGGAAGGUCGACCCGAGGAAUAUCAAGAGUGGUGCUGCUCACAUGAGUACUCAACGGGCGAGUCAAGCGAUUGUUGAGUCGCAGGGCAAGAAGACUACAUUUGAUUAA